UUCAGGGAAGAUUCCUCCUUUCCGGAUAGCUUGCUGUUAGGUACAUAAUACAUAAGAUGCUCGGACAGUAAACCAACAACAAAUAGAUAAAUGAACUUAAAUGUUGUUUCGCUGCGAGACUAAAUAUACAGAGCUUUGUUUUUGUGACUUUCCGAGAAUCGUUCUUGUAAGUGAAAUACUGCCCAAUAAGCAAGCGAGAUGAUUAACGGACAGCCUUACGAGGAGGAGCAAAAUGGCUAUGAUGAAUAUACAGAUGAUGAUGGUAGUGAGCAGUACCACAGUUCUGGCAGGGAUCGCGAUCGCAAGCAUCGUCAUCAUCGCAGUUCCAAGCGUCAUCACCAUCGCCGCAAACGAUCGCAUUCCAGGAGUAGGAGCCGCGAGAGAUCCGGCAAAGUGCAUAUCAACCCUAAUUUUGCACCAACGUUGGGACCAACUGCUUCCUCCUUACUGGAGACUAACAACAUCCUCGAGAGUGAAGUUGUUCGUCUGCGCAACGAACUGAGCUGCACCAAUAUCAGAAUUCGAGCAUUGGAAAACGAGCUCAGUAAUGGUGCCGUACUCCGCAGCAACCUUGAGCAGGAGUUGUCUGUGUCUCGUAUGAACUGCCAGAAACUACAACAAGCAUCAACAAAGAAUAACCAGUUGUUGUCAUCCGUUCGUACGGAAGCUGCUGGUGUUCGUAAGGAGAAGGAUCGCUUAACUGAGCUCUUGAAGCAGACGGAAAUGCAGUUGUCAGCAAAUACUGAACAAGUGUCCUUUCUCACGAAACGGAACGAAACUUUGGGCAGGAAAUGUGAAGAACUUGUGGAGAAGAAUAAGAUCUUGCGGGAAGAGCGGGAUGACGCAGUCCAACUUGUGUCUUCUAUGAAAAGAGAGGUGGAAAAUAUGCAGGCAAACAUUGAUCUCAGACUAGUGGAGUACAAAAGAAUGGAAGGCGACCUUGCCACAGCUCGUGAAAGGGAACGUAUGUGGAAAGUAGAGAAGCUGGAGUUGGAGAGGAAGCUGACAACGAAGGACUCCCUUUUGAUUACCGAAAAGAAGAAAGCGGAAGAACAGAAGAGGCGCGAUAAAUCGCAACUGGAGGCUUUGGAGAAAAAGCUGAAAAGCGAACAGCCAGGAUGGGAGGCACAGUUAGGAGUGGAAGCCGUGUAUCAUGCUGUUGAGGUAGUUAAAAAGGAGUUCGGUGCACAACUGAAGCAACUUCAGGAGCAGAUGCGCCCAUUGAAAGAACAAAGCUCUGUCAUUGCCUCGUAUCACAUGAACGAUGGUCGACCGGCACGAGUGCUAAGCGCUCCUCCGCUUCCAGUAGAAUUCAACCCACCAGUUUUUUCAUCCAAUGGCGAAACUCAUACCAAAUUAGAUAUAACAGGGGCGCCAAAAAACUUUGCAAAACCCAAUGGAACGAACGUUGAAUCCUAUACUCAAAAUGGCAUUCUGCCGACCUUCACCGAACAAGAACUGAUUGGUGGAGACGAUGAAAUCAUGGCAACAACAUCUGACCAUGAUCCUGUGCCUAUUGAUGAAGCAGCACUUCUAGAUGACUGACGGCACUUAUUGCCACUUACCGCUAACUGCUUCUGUCAAUAAGUACUUAGACGUAGCGGUGUAGAUAUUUCUUGCGUUUCUUCUUGCUCUGUUGUCACAUGUUGUUAGGGCUAUCUCUUGUUAUUCUGUCAUAUGCAUGGCCUGUGCUUAUGCUCUCGCUCUCGGGUACAUUUUGACGUUUCCAUGUUGUUCUCAAUAGACAAGAUUUAUGCACAUUAAUUACAUUGCAAAUAAAUAUAUACUAUA